AUGCCCUUCGGGCUAACUAACGCGCCAGCGACGUUUCAGAGAGCAAUGGAUAUCCUGCUCUCUCCGUUCCGCUGGAAGUGCUGUUUGCUCAAACUUCGCAAGUGUGAAUUUUUCGUCGAAAAGAUCAAGUACCUGGGCCAUGUAGUUCGGCCAGGUACAUUGGAGGUGGACGCUGCGCGAACCGUCGCAUUGGAACAAGUGAGGUACCCUCAAACGCAGACCCAGCUCAGGAGCUUCUUGGGACUUUGUAAUGUCUACCGCAGAUUCGUUCCGCAUUAUGCGAAAAUCGUGCAUCCGCUCAAUCAACUGUUGAAGAAGGGACAACCGGUCCAGUUGGAAGGAUUCGACGAACCGUGCAAGAAAGCUUUUCAUAAGCUCAAGGACGCCAUCUUGGCACCGCUGGUGUUGGCGCUGCCGAAGAAGGACCUACCCUACCCGGUAGAUACCGAUGCAAGCGACUACCAAAUAGGCGCUGCACUAUUUCAAACACACCCGGAUGCGCAACGCAAACCCAUCGGGUUCUUUUCAAGAACGUUAGCCGCAGCCGAGAGAAACUAUUCUGUAUCAGAAAAAGAAUUUCUAGCAGUAAUUUGGGCCGUACAGACUUUAAGACCAUAUCUAUAUGGCGAGCACUUCAUUGUGCAUACCGACCAUGCCUCAUUGAGGUGGUUGAUGAACGUAACCGACCCCAGCGGGAGAUUAAUCCGAUGGAGGCUCCGCCUCUCGGAAUUCGAUUUCGAAAUCAAGUACAAGAAGGGCAAGGGGAACAGUCAAGCUGAUGCCCUGUCAAGAUUACGGACCGCAGGAGAAACCGUCGACGAAAUCGACGACGAAAUCCCAUGCUUUAUGGCCGAACCGGCCGAGGGUACAGUGGAGAACGAGGAAAGUUUUGACGCGAUAGACGACAUCCUCGCUCUUGAGGGGGGGACCGCCCCUGAUCGCCUCGAUCAAUUCCAAGCUGUCACUCCGGAGGAGCUCAUUCGCGAGCAAGCCGUCGACCCCUUCUGCAAUCGCAUCAAGGAAGAAAUAGACGCCGGAAAGUUUGUACAACUGGUAAUACCACAAUCGUUAAAGGACCGCGUCCUAGGGUUGAGCCACUACGCAAAAUUGGCAGGCCACCCGGGAGGCAGGAAACUUUACAAGACUUUGAGAAGAUAUUUUUAUUGGUCUACGAUGGCCCUAGACUGCUAUGCAGUCGCGAAGAACUGCGCCGCAUGCGCGCGGGAGAGGGUGAAGUUAAGAAAAAACACGAAGGAAAUGAAGCUGUUCACGUCCAAAGCUCCGCUGGAGUUUGCCGCCAUCGACAUCCUCGGCGAGCUAAUUACAACUAAACGAGGAAAUCGGUACAUUCUCGUGAUCAGCGAUCGAUACUCAAAACUGGUACGAACCGUACCGUUGAAGAAGAUAUCAGCUGCGCACAUCGCACAAGCCUUCGUUCACCAUUGGGUAUUCGUGUACGGACCGCCGGUCAAGCUGCUGUCCGACAAUGGAACACAGUUCACGGCCCGGUUCUUUCAGAAUGUCUGCCGAAUUCUCGGCAUACGCAAUGUGUUUACGACUACGUACCACCCGCAAGCCAACGGCCAAGUUGAGAGAUUUGACCGCACGCUGACUUCCGCGUUGCGAAAAUAUGUUGGAGAACAUCCCAAGGACUGGGACCUAUUUAGCGACGCUGUGACGUUCGCAUACAACACGCAAGUUCAUCGAACUACGAAUAUCGCGCCCUUCGAGCUGGUGUUAGCUCGGGCGCCGAGAAGCAUUGCGUUACAAGCACAGCCAAGUUUGGAAGGAUUUAGCUCGAAUCGAGCGUACUACCUGAAAUGGCAGUCGUGGUUGGAAAGCCUGAUGAAAGGCGCUGAUAGGAGUUUGCGAAAGGAACAAGCCCGGUACAAGCGAAAUUUCGACGCACGCCUUCGCAAACCGCAAUACCAGAUCCCGCCGGGGUCCUACGUGUUCCUUCGGAAGAAGCAGGGCACGGCUAGCGAACCGAAACACAAGCUGGCACAAGUCGCCACAGGACCUUAUCAGGUCCGAAGAUCGGAUCAACAUACGGUAGUCAUUGCCAUUGGCGAUCAGGAGGAACGCGUAUCGCGAGACAGGGUGGAGUUAGCCCCAAGCCCGAUGGACUAUGCGCCGAUAACUGGCCUACGGCAAGCGCUACAGUUCCUGGGAGAACCGGAGCUAAACGAAGAAGGAGAGCUAAUGGAGGACGAGGAACGUCCUCACACCCGUGCGCCUACGACGGGGGACCAGGAAAAUUUUGUUGGUCGAACGCCGACAGCGGAGACACCUCCAGACCUACGCGAGUUCGGAAAGUCCAGAGACGAGGAUGAGUCGGAAGAUCUUCGGAAGGGGGAAGGACAGUUGGACACGCAGGAAGAAGGAGCCGAGAGUCAGGAGUAUGUGAUCGACAAGAUCGUGGACCACGGCUACGACGAGGAGAAAUUAAUUCUCAAAGUGAGGUGGUAUGGGUAUACCAUCGAGGACGCAACGUGGGAACCUAUUGAGCAGAUCCCCCGCAGCGCGGUAGUCAUAUAUUUCCGAAGGAAAAAGCUACCCUUACCCACGCAAGCGUCGCACGCACAACCGGGAUAG